AUGUGCAUCUUGCAGCGUUUUCGCUUGCGGGAACCGCAUCGAGCUGUACACCGCGUGGCGUUGGGUGCCAUGAAGCUACCAAAUUUGAACCUGGGACAUCAGAUCGAGGAGGCCAGCGAGACGCAUCCCUUCGCGGAGAUCGAAGCAAAGUUAGAUCGCAUCUCCCAGCAGGUGGACUCCUGCCUAGCUUGUUUGUCAGAGAGGCAUGAAGCCACGAGGCUGCAGCCUCGCCCAUCGUGGAGAUCAGCGGCAAGUGACCAUCACACUUCUGUGCUUCCAACCGGAUCCACUUCCCAUGUGGAAAUCAGUGAUGAGAGCAUUGGGCGGCCAAAGCCUCGGCGGCCCUCCAACUUCUCCUUGAGUUCGUGGGCAAGGCCGCCGUCCAAAACGACCACGAGUGGCCGCUGGCUGAACACGACCCGAGUGGGCUCCAAGGAUGUCAGCCUUCGCGGCGGUCGGUCACGGAUUCAACGCAGCGUAGCCAUGGACCUCCAAGCCGCCUGGCAGAUGCAGGCGAAGACCAUGACACAGGAAGUCUCCGCCCCACCCUUGAUGCGCCUGAACCGUGAUCGAAGCCGUGCUGAUAACCUUUGGGAGCUCUUGGAUGACCCGGACUCCAGUCGGCCUGCAUAUUGGAUCUCCCAGUUCCUCAAGGUCUCAGUGAUCGUUGGCUUGGUCAUUUCACAGGUACAGACUGGCGAGGAGCCUGUGAUCUCAGCCCACCUGGCGGUAGCAGUGGAAACCACCUUUGAUGUGGUCUUCUUUGUGGAAUUCGUCUGUCGGAUUACGACAGCACCUUCCAAACGAUCCUAUGUUUUGGAUCCACUGAACUGGGCGGACCUCUUUUCCGCUGCGGGUCUUCCGCUCCGCGCAUCGGUGGGUUUCCUGGUCUACCCCGCACUACAGGAGAAGCGAAAUGUCCAGCUGAUUCUUCUGCUCUUUCUCCCCAUCCUUCGUUUCUUGAAACUCCUGCGGUAUUUCGAAACCUUUCGUUUAUUGAUCCACGCUGCUCGCAAUGCCAUGGCAGCGCUACCGGUGCUCUUCUACAUCAUGGUGGUCAUUACCUUGGUGGUCCCCACCUGA